AUGGAAGAAAAUAAUAAUUUAUCUAAUUCUCCAUUUUCGAAAUAUUUUGAUUAUCUUACAUACGUGGGAGCUUGGGAGUAUAAAACAAAAGUUCGUUGGAUUGAAAUUGCAUUUUACACAUAUAGAGUAUUUUGUUUUUUCGUGUUUGCAGUUGCAAUUUUAUUUCAAUUACUCGAUUUAUGGAUAGCAAUAGGAAGUUUGGAAAAAAUGACUUACAACAUGUCGACGUCAGUCAUUGUGCUCUACACAAUACUAAGACUUAUUGCUUUGUUAAAAAAGAAAAAAACCGUCGAUAAACUACGAAUAAAUCUUUGGAAUGAUUUUAACAAGAGUGAUGACGAAACGGAUGAAACAAUUAAAAAAAUGGCCGUCAAAAGAAUGGAUUUCGCAGCAAAAAUGUUUCACAUCGCGGCCAUUAUUUUUUAUCCAGUUUGGAUAGGUUUUGCAUAUUUCAGUUAUCUUUGGGGUCCCAGGGAAUUACCCUUUCCCAUAUAUUAUCCAGCUGAUUACGAUGAUCCCGUUGCUUACGACGUAGUUUUUGUCCUUGAAAUAAUAAGUGGAGCAAUAAUACUAUGCGUUUCAAUAGAAAUUAAUUUACUCGUUUUUGGAAUUCUUUUACAAAUUUCAGCACAGUAUAAAAUAUUACAGAAAAAUAUUAUCAAGUUGGGUGAAAAUUACGUUUUUAAUUACGACGAAGAAAAUUACGACUCGAUUGAAAAAAAUUAUUAUUAUUAUUCUUUUGAAAAACGUGAGAAAAAAUUAAAAACCGAAGCAUCGCUUAAGAAAAUCAUUUCUAGACAUUUGACAUUACAUCAAUACGUUAAAAAAUUCGAAUCAACCUUCAACGGUUCUUUUUUUAUUCAAGUUUUGGGUGGAUCGACAUUAAUAACACUUAACGGUUUGCUAUUGAUGAAGAUGGCUUAUACGAUUAAUCAAAAAAUUGCACAACAAGCUGUUUAUCUUGUUCUAUUGGUUGUUACAAUGUUUUACAAUUGUUUAUUUGCAACGGUUCUUAUAACUGAGUAUAAUAACGUGGCAAAUGCUGCUUAUUCUGCUUCUUGGUAUGAAAUGGAUACGAGUUUGCAAAAAUAUUUCAUAAUGAUAAUACUACAUGCACAAAAACAACCGAGAAUCACGGCUGGAAAACUCAUAUUAAUGGAUUUGGAUACGUUUUUAUCCCUAUUGAAAAACAUAUACAGUUGGCUUAUGUUUUUUUGGCAAUUGGAAUCUAAAUAA